UAGCUCGAUUAUUUUUGUCGCAACUCGGGCGGCUUAGCGGCACACAAACGAGUGUCCAAACGACCGGUUUCUUCUCUUUAUCGCCUGCCACUUCGCGCCCGCCCAGCUUCGAGCCGAAACGCGACAGCUGCGGUGCCCCCGUCAAGUGCAGCGCUGUGCACACGCCGUCGACGCGACCACAUGGCGGCCAACGAGCUCACGGCCGAAGAAAGAUGUAAAAAGGAACUCGCGGGCAUUUUUGACGGCGUCGACUACACGGCCCAUUUACCAGAGAUCCAGCCCAUGCCGCCCUCGUUCUUUUUGUACGGUUUACCGGGCUGCGGCAAGAGCUAUGUCGGUAAGAAGCUGGCGGAGAUGGGGUAUCGGUUCGAGGAGGGCGACGAUUGGCUUACAGGAGAUAUGCGCGCGGCACUUAGUAGGGGCGAGGGCUUCACACCUCAACAGCGAGACGCCUACUGCGAGCGCAUCAUCGAACGGAUCAAUACUAUCAACAUGGAAGAGAUCCACGGUCAGAGAAGGCCUUUGGCCGUGGCGCAAGCGAUGUUCAAACGCAAGCAUCGGCGGAAAAUUCAUGAAAAGUGCCCGCAGAUCAGCUUCAUUCAAGUCAAGUGCGCCGAGGACGUGCGGUUGCAGAGGCUCGAAGCGCGGACCGAGGGCAUCGGUAGAGAACUGGGCGAGAAGAUGCGGGCGGACUUCCAGGAGGGGCAGGACACGAUCCUGCGGACGGACUGUGGCGGCUUGAAUACGCGGCUCGAGGCGCUCGUCAAGCUCGGGUACCUGCUCCGGGGCGACCACUUGUCUGACGCCGACCCGCCUCUUCCCUGAUCGGCACGCCUACGGUCGCGGCGAUGGCGUGCUGGUGGGGCCAACACCGCCUUGCGCUGUCGACGCCGCGCCGCGCGGGUAGAUGCCGCGUCGAUCGCGUCCGCCCGGACGGCCCGGACCCCCCGACGCCGUCGACGCGGCGGUCGACUAGAGUCUAGAGGUCCUAAAUGUUGUAAAGUUUCAAGAAACACGAUGCCGCGUCAUUAUAGACCA